GAUUAGAUAAGAUUGACAUAAUGACAUAUCUUUUGAUAACAUUUUAUAAUGUAAACAAAUUUAAAUAAUGUAGAAAAUACAAAAAUAUAUAUAUUACCGACCAAAUUUCAAGUGUAACAAUAAAUUAAACAAUGGGCGCUAAAGAAGUCAUCCACAUUCACAUCGGGCAAGCAGGAGUGCAGAUAGCGAAUGCAUGCUGGGAGCUGUACUGCUUAGAACAUGGCAUUAGACCUGACGGCAUGAUGGCUUAUCCUGACAACAACGACCAAGGCUUUAAUGCUUUUUUCAGUGGAACAGGAGCUGGCAAAGUUGUUCCAAGAGUGGUUAUGAUAGACUUGGAACCAACCCCUAUAGAUGAAAUUAGAACUGGCGCAUAUCGUGAAUUGUUCCAUCCAACCAGUUUGAUUACCGGCAAAGAAGAUGCUGCAAGUAAUUUUGCACGCGGAUAUUUUGGCGUAGGUAGAGAAAUGAUUGAUCUGGCUCUGAACCGGAUUCGAUUAGUAGCAGAAGACUGCCAACAUCUUCAGGGUUUUAUCAUUUUUCGAUCUUUUGGAGGGGGCACUGGAUCAGGUUUCACUGCGUUACUGCUAGAAGGCUUGGUCAAAGACUAUGGGAAGCUGUCCAAGAUCGAAUUUGCAAUAUAUCCAUCUCCUAAAAUAUCGCCUAUAAUUGUGGAGCCCUACAAUGCAGUGUUAACGACUCAUGCUUGCAUGAACACCGAGGACGUCUGCUUUAUUUUUGAUAAUGAAGCUUUAUAUGAUAUCUUGGCAAGAAAUUUAGACGUGCCGAGACCUACGUAUACGAAUUUAAAUAGACUGAUAGCUCAGGUGGUUUCAUGCAUGACGGCAUCUAUGCGAUUUGAAGGUUCUUUAAACGUCGAAUUGGUGGAGUUCCGCACAAAUCUGAUACCUUACCCUAGAAUCCAUUAUCCUUUAGUUACUUUCGCUCCUUUCGUACCAGCUUCACGCGCUUACCACGAGACUAUGUCAACAAGCCAACUCAUGAUGGCGUGCUUUGAGCCGGCCAACCAAAUGGUCAAAUGUGACCCCAGGAAUGGAAAGUACAUGGCUUGCUGUUUGCUAUUUAGGGGAGAUGUCAACCCAAAUGAUAUAAAUUCGUCUAUCAAUCAAAUAAAAAGCAUGAAGAAUAUUAGGUUUGUUUCAUGGUCACCUACAGGGUUUAAGAUUGGAUUAAACUAUCAGCCGCCAUUAACUGUGCCCGGAGGAGAUUUAGCAGCCUUACAAAGAGCAGUCGUUAUGGUGUCAAACUCUUCAGCCAUCAAAGUUGCCUGGGAGCGAAUCACCAAGAAAUUCUCGUUGAUGUACGCUAAACGAGCCUUCGUACAUCAUUAUGUCGGCGAAGGACUGGAAGAAGGAGAAUUCAAAAAUGCCCUUCAGAAUGUUAAAGCUUUGUCAAAUGAUUAUAGAGAAAUGGAAAGCUGAUUAUGAUUUGAUUUAAAAUAUUUGGAGUGGAUUGUUCUAUAUGUAUGGCGUAUGGUGGCGUUAUGUGCCGUAAAUAAACUGUUGCAAUGCA